AUGGUUUAUUUCGAUGAUGGAACACUCUCUAAGACCACUCCACCUUUGCACUGCGCGCACACUCCAUGCCUGUUGCAUACGGUGAUGGUUGUUGUAACAUCCCAUCCAGAACCUAAAUUGAGGUCCGGCUUGUCCUUACGAGCUGGUCUGAUUGGCGGUCCCAGCUUGCCCGUCCACAUGCGCAAAGGUCCUAGUGAUUACUGUUUCAGCUGCUACGUAUUUGACAGUGUCAACUCCAGCUUUGAUCUAUCGGAGGUCACCCCCUGGCGCCGCAGCAAAGCCCUUAAGCAAAUUCGUGUGCUCAAUGUCGACCGAGCGCGCUUUCUUUUCCCGAUGAUCUCCACUCCGUUCACCAGUGAUGGUAAUUCUGUCCCUUCCGCGAGGUCAGCGACUCCCAAGGACUGA